CGAGCGCGGAAAUGCCGCGGCAGGCGGAGCAGCAGAGGUAGCCCCCGGGUGGCGGCAGCCCAUGUGCGAGUCGCGCUCGGGGCGGCAGGCGUCCUCCCCUCCGUGCACCGCCCCCAGCGCCGUGAGCCUGCCCCCGGCGGCCGCGCCUCCGCCCGGGGCUAUCUCCGCACCUGGGCCGCUCCCGCAGCCGCCGCCGGGAGGAUGGCGGCACAGCCGGCGGAGGCGUGUGCCUGCGCCGCGGCACCGGGAGACGACGGCGAAGAGAUGAACGGCAGGAAGGUGGCUCUCAUCACCGGCAUCACUGGGCAGGAUGGAUCGUACUUGGCAGAGUUCCUGCUGGAAAAAGGCUACGAGGUGCAUGGCAUCGUUCGUCGGUCUAGUUCUUUUAAUACAGGACGGAUUGAACAUCUCUAUAAGAACCCACAGGCUCACAUUGAAGGAAACAUGAAGCUGCACUAUGGUGAUCUCACGGACAGCACCUGCCUGGUGAAGAUCAUUAAUGAAGUCAAACCCACUGAGAUAUACAACCUGGGAGCUCAGAGCCAUGUCAAGAUUUCUUUCGACCUAGCAGAAUAUACUGCUGACGUUGAUGGGGUUGGCACUUUACGGCUCCUAGAUGCUAUUAAGACCUGUGGCCUUAUCAACUCUGUGAAGUUCUACCAAGCCUCCACCAGUGAACUUUUUGGAAAAGUGCAAGAAAUCCCGCAAAAGGAGACCACCCCUUUUUACCCAAGAUCGCCUUACGGGGCAGCAAAACUGUACGCCUACUGGAUUGUGGUGAACUUCAGAGAGGCCUACAAUCUCUUUGCUGUGAACGGCAUCCUCUUCAAUCACGAAAGCCCCAGGAGAGGGGCUAAUUUUGUUACUCGAAAAAUUAGCCGAUCGGUAGCAAAGAUUCACCUCGGACAGCUGGAUUGUUUCAGCCUGGGCAAUCUGGAUGCUAAGAGAGACUGGGGCCAUGCCAGGGACUAUGUUGAGGCCAUGUGGCUGAUGUUGCAAACGGAUGAGCCCGAGGACUUUGUCAUAGCCACUGGGGAGGUCCAUAGUGUCCGUGAAUUUGUGGAGAAGUCAUUCAAGCACAUCGGGAAAACCAUUGUGUGGGAAGGGAAGAAUGAAAAUGAAGUAGGACGAUGCAAAGAGACUGGCAAGAUUCAUGUGACAGUCAAUCACAAGUACUACAGGCCAACUGAAGUGGAUUUUCUGCAAGGGGACUGUACCAAAGCCAGACAAAAGCUGAACUGGAAGCCGAGAGUCACGUUUGAUGAGCUGGUGAGGGAGAUGGUGGACGCCGACGUGGAGCUCAUGAGGAACAACCCCAAUGCCUGAGCCCUGGCUGGGCCCGGCGGGCGCCGCGGGACCCAUGCCGGGGGCGCGCCCCACAGCCAGCAAUGCCAUGAGCUGCCGGGGCCAGGGUGGGCGGCCACCCCUCCCCAUGAUGGUUUUAUUGCUGGCCUGCCUGUGCAUGAAAGCCCAGUUUUAUCCCCACGUCCAUCCUCCACACCCUCCCAGUCCCUCUCGCCCCACACAUCAUCCCAGGGUCAGCCCUGCCGGGGCUAACUCCGGCUCCUGCCAUUAACUGGGGAGGGGUCACCCCUCCACCUUGCCCCAAUACUGUACCUGAAGUACUGAUCGGCCAGCAAGCCCACUGAUUUCCUUUUUUUAAUUAAAACUCAUCUUUCUAUUACCUAGGA